GGAGCCACGAGGGAAGGACCGACGCUGUGGACGCGGAGGUGCGCAGAAUCGCCGGUGACCGGCGUCGUCGGCCGCGUCCGGCGCGUCCGCAGUCGUGAUUCGCGCGGCGCCGGUGCAGGUUCUCCGUUUCGCAACAAUCGGACAGUAAAAGAUCGGCCUCCCCCACCCAUCGGCAUCAACCAACAUCCACUUGUGAUCACCACCUCUUACACAAUAAAUCAAUAAUCCUUCGAUUCCCAUCGAUCAUCCGAAAACAAAAUCAACUUAAUACCUCAAAUUAAUCGAGCACCAACAGAAACUGCUUGUGAAGCAUCUAGCUCGUAGACUAACGUCUGUGAUUACAAAAGAAUACCCACCAGAUGUCUUAACCAGUGAAAUUUCCCCAUAACCCAGUGAGAGCCGAUACAAAGAAUCAAACCGGUAGCCAACCAUAAAUGGACCGAGCCGAUUGGACGAAGCCACAGCUGCCAACAAUGUAACAAUCCAAGAGAUCCAAUGAAUAACCCAGAAACAAGAAUCAUCAACUGUACGGAAAAUAUCCUCUGAUCAUAGAGGAUCCAGGAUCCGCAUGGAAUGAUCCUACAAUGGACAAGUCAGCUACCCACUCUAGCUACCCCAUCAUCCAGAACUUGCUGCAGAACGUCUCCAAGUUCUACAGCGAGCUGCACGAGGAUCCCCACGACAGCAGCUCCAUGGACAACAGAUCGCGCAGGGAUCCCCUGUACAUCGUAGUGCCGGUGACCAUCAUCUACAUGUCCAUCUUCGUGACGGGGACCAUCGGGAACAUCAGCACGUGCAUCGUGAUCGCGCGCAACAAGACGAUGCACACGGCGACCAACUACUACCUGUUCAGCCUGGCGGUGUCGGACCUGUUGCUCCUGGUGUCCGGGCUGCCGCCGGAGAUCUACCUAGUGUGGUGCAAGUACCCAUACAUCUUCGGCGAGGGUUUCUGCAUAAUCAGGGGCCUGGCUGGAGAAACGUCGGCCAACGCGUCGGUUUUGACCAUAACUGCCUUCACCGUGGAGAGGUACGUGGCGAUCUGCCAUCCGUUCCUCUCGCAGACCAUGUCGAAGCUGACCAGAGCCGUCAAGCUGAUCCUGAUGAUCUGGCUGGUCGCUCUGUCCUUCGCUCUGCCGCAAGCGCUGCAGUUAGGCGUGAUCCAAUCCCCGCGCGACCCCGCGAUAAUAAUGUGCACCGUAAAAAACGUUAUACUGAGUCAUUCGUUCGAGUUAUCGACGUUCCUCUUCUUCGUUGUGCCGAUGAGCCUUAUCAUCGUGCUGUACGUGCUUAUCGGACUCAAGCUGAGGAAGUCGAAUAUGAUGAAGAGGAGCCACGGCAGGGGAGAGGGCGGCAGCUGUAGGGGUAAUCCCGGGAAAUCGUCGAGGAGGGUGCUGAAAAUGCUCGUAGCUGUAGUGAUCGCGUUUUUCAUCUGCUGGGCGCCGUACCACGUGCAACGGCUGAUCUACAUCUACGGCACGGAGCCGGACCACAUAACCUCAAACAGCGAGGGAAUGGAGUUCCUUUAUCUUCUCAUGACUUACACGUCCGGCGUCCUCUAUUACGUGUCCACGACGAUCAACCCGAUCCUGUACAACAUCAUGUCGAACAAAUUCCGCGUGGCGUUCAUGGAAACACUGUCGAAGAGCUGCAGAAUCCCAGGCCUAGUCAUUCGAAACGAACAAAGAUCCUACUCCAGUCUCUCCAGGUCCCAUCAAAGAGCGCUGGGUGCUUCCAGAACAGUAGGCACUGCCGGGACAGGGGUUGGCCACGAUAGCACCGAGUGUUCAGGGAAUUCCGUGAAGGAAGAGAGACCGAGGCAAACAACGUCGCUGAUCAUCGAGCAAGUAGACUCUGACGCAGUCGACGACAGCCUCAAAAGAAGUAGGAGGGAUGAGAUCCAGAAUCUGGAAAUUCUAGUGAAAGAAGUCCACAACAUCGAUGGCGCGUUGAAGGAUCACAGAAACGGCGAUUCCAAAAGACCAAUGCCAGCCAUAUACACUACCGUAAAGUUUUCAAACUCGGACGGGUCCGGGAAAAAAUGGUGGCGACUGUUGAAGUGGUUUCCUGGAUUGAAGUCCCUGAAACUGGCCGGAAGGACCACCUACGCUGUCCCGGAAAAUCGUAUCCUGGAGAACAACGAGCUUCGGAAAGAGGAAUACUCGAUGACCAUGUGGAAUGUGCACGAGGCAAACGAUCAGAGACCAGUUUGAACGUUGAGAGAUUAUUACCUUCAUUCUGUAUUGUAAAAAUCAUUUAGUGUAUUCUGGUCCUGAAUGAAUCGAUCGAUGGAGCUGGAGUGAUAGCAAGUGCAACCUGUGAGAAAGGAUACUGAAGAUUCAGAUGAGCUGGCAGAAUGUAAUCUGGUUUAGUGAUUAACUUCAAGUCUAGAGUACAACAGGACCUAAUGUUGUUAUAAGUUCUUGACUUAUAAACUUGAAACUUCGAUCUUGUGCUGAUCAAAACCUGGAUUAGGGUUGAUGAUACUUGACACAGACCUGACUAAGAGCAAAGCAACAAAAAUAAACAGUGCAUAGACCUAAUUGUAGAUAAGUAAAUCUAGAACAGGAUAUUUCGAUCAAAGGAAUUCCAUAUCAAAGGACUAACUCAGCUGUCUUUAACAGUGAAACUCUUGCGAACAUGGAUGAACUCUAAAGAGAAGGGUUUGGGUAUCUGCGUGAAUAUGGAACAGUUAAUGAUUUAAUGGCAGCCCGUCGCGUCAGUAGACGGACUUCUCGUCGCCGAAAAGUUUCGAGCGUUUUUCAGGUAACGUCAGCUGCGGAACUCGUUAAUCCGGACGGAUGACGAGGAAUCACGAACGGUAGUUUGCUCUGAAAGUUCUGUCGUAGUGACUCGGUGACUUAGCCCCGGGCCGCUUGAAAAAGACUGAUCUUUGUUAAUCGUAUUUUACACGAACAGAAGAACCACGAUCUCGAUCGUUCAUUUAAGACUCGCUGCGGGAUCACGGUGUUCGCUUGGGUCUGUCGACAAUCGAUGGGCAAGCGUGAUCGCGAGGAAUAUAUUGUACGUCUCUACGUGUUGCUGAUAUCGGUAGUUGUAUAUAAGAAAAAGUGACAAUGGAAAGUUGCCAAUAAUUACCGAAGCUAUAAAUAUGUCAUUGUCAUUUUAGUUUGAACGAGAUCUGCGCGGAUCGUUUCAAAAGGCGACCCCGAUCUUGAGAAUGUGAUAUUAUUUAUUGUGUAACCCUUAGAAUUGUACAUUGUCAGAAUUGAUUCGAAAGUAGACACCUGCUUGGCAAACCUUAAAGUGUGCGCCCCUCAUU